AUGGCGCAGCAAGGCCCGGGUCCCGACCCAAGUGAACGCAUCUUCACAGAUCUGCGCAGCAAGAAUGAUGAAGUUAAGAACAAGGCGGCAGCGGAGCUGCGCGAUCUCAUAACCUUGCUCUCCCGCGAAUGGUCCCCCGAGCGCUUCAGCACCUUCUAUGACAAAGUUACGACCCGCAUCAGUAACCUCAUUGUGCAGGCUCCUGACGCCAGCGACAAAGUAGGCGGAGUCCUCGCCCUCGACCGACUGAUAGACUGCGAUGCCAUCGAUCCUGCUCAGAAAGCCUCAAAGUACUCAAAUUACCUGCGCGCGGCGCUAAAGAGCAAUGACUACAGUGUCCUCGAUGCGGCCGCCCGUGCUCUGGGCCAUUUGGCUCGGCCGGGAGGAGCGUAUACUGCAGAGCUCGUCGAGGCUGAAUUGACUUCGGCCUUCGAAUGGCUUCAACCCGAAACGAAGCAAGAGAGCCGCAAGUUGGCAGCUGUGCUACUCAUCCGUGAGCUGGCGAAGAACUCCCCAACCCUCGUCUACGGUUUCAUCCCACAGAUUUUCGAUCUAGUCUGGAACGCCCUCAGAGACCCCAAAGACCUCAUCCGCCGAGUCGCUGCCCAGUCCGUCAGUGCCUGCUUUGGUGUCAUGGUUGCAAGAGAUGCUCAAUUCCAGAAUCAUUGGUUUGCCAAAAUAUACUCCAAAACUCUUGAGGGCUUCCGUCCUAACACGACUGUCGACGAGACUCUCGGUUCACUCCUGAUCCUGAACGAGCUACUGCAACAGGGCAACAUGUUUAUGCAUGACUUUUACAGAAAUGCUUGCGAGAUUGUCCUCCGGUUCAAAGACCACCGAGACCCUAGGAUCCGGACACAAAUUGUGCAGGUCAUCCCUGUCCUGGCGGAAUAUGCACCUCUGGAGUUCAUCAACAAUUAUCUCCACAAGUUUAUGGUCUACCUUCAAGCACAGCUGAAGCGGGAUAAAGAACGCAAUCAAGCCUUUGUUGCCAUUGGGCAGAUAGCAAAUGCAGUUGGUAGUGCUAUGGCUCAGUAUCUUGACGGGAUCAUUCUCUACAUCCGAGAAUCGCUCAGCGCUAAGACUAAGAACCGAGCCGCGGUCGACGAGGGCCCCAUGUUCAAAUGCAUCAGCAUGCUUGCGGGUGCUGUUGGACAGACACUUAGCAAGUAUAUGGAAGCCCUCCUUGACCCCAUCUUUGCCUGUGGCCUUACAGAACCGAUGGAACAAGCACUCGAAGACAUGGCGCACAAUAUUCCGCCAAUUCGAGCAACUAUACAGGACAAACUACUGGACCUCCUCAGCUUGAUACUCGUCCGGUCGCCCUACCGGCCCCUCGGCUGCCCUACAAACACAACUCCACCACUUCCGUCUUUUGCUAAAGACUACGGUGGGAUGCCCGCCGAGCACAAAGACCAUGAAAUCACAUUAGCUCUCAAGACCCUAGGAAAAUUCGACUUUUCUGGCCAUAUUCUGAACGAGUUCGUUAGAGACGUCACGCUCCGUUAUGCCACGAACGAAAAUCCAGAAAUCCGCCGCGCAGCUGCCCUAACCUGUUGUCAGUUAUUCAUGCUAGACCCCAUCUUGCACCAAACUAGCAACAACGCCAUACAGGUUGUUGGCGAGGUGGUGGAUAAGCUGCUGACGGUGGCUGUUGGAGACCCGGAUGCCGAUAUCCGAGUUACUGUCCUCCGAGCGCUGGAUAAGAAAUUUGACAAGCACUUGGCUCGUCCGGAUAACAUACGCUGCCUCUUCUUGGCUGUCAAUGACGAGGUCUUUCCAGUUCGCGAAGCCGCCAUUGAAAUCAUAGGAAGACUGACCACAGUCAACCCAGCUUAUGUAUUCCCGCCCUUACGAAAGCUGCUGGUCAACCUGCUUACCGGCUUGGGGUAUUCAAACACAGCCAAGCAAAAGGAAGAAAGUGCACGCUUGAUCAGUUUGUUUGUGUCCAAUGCUACGUCACUGGUCAGAACUUAUGUGGAAGCGAUGGUUUCUGCACUUCUGCCUAAAGCCACUGAUACGAAUCCAGGUGUUGCUUCAACCACGAUAAAGGCACUGGGAGAUCUCACAUCCGUCGGUGGUGAAGAGAUGGUCCGACACAUUCCUGAGCUCAUGCCCAUUAUCAUCGAUGCUCUACAGGAUCUAGCAUCGCAUGAGAAGCGUGAAGCGGCUAUGCAGACGCUCAGCUCUCUUGCCAUUAAUUCGCAGUAUGUGAUCGACCCAUUCAUGGACUAUCCCGAGCUUCUUGGAAUCCUCAUCAACAUUAUCAAGACCGAAGCGCAUGAAGAGCUCAGGACGGAUGCCAUCAAACUGGUAGGCGUGUUGGGCGCUUUGGACCCUUACAAGUACCAACAGCUCAGCGAGUCCGUCGCGGAGAAGCAAAGCAAGGCAGAGACUCAACCCGUUUCGGAUGUCGCCUUGAUCAUGCAAGGGUUGACGCCGUCGAACGAGGAAUACUACCCGACAGUUGUCAUCAACACGCUCAUGCAAACCAUACUGGCAGAUCACACCCUUGUUCAGUACCAUAGCGCUGUGAUUGACGCUGUGGUCACCAUCUUCAAAACUAUUGGUAUGAAGUGCGUACCUUUCCUGGGUCAGAUCAUUCCAGGCUUUCUCGGCGUCAUCCGCAGUUCUCCCCCUCCUCGUCUAGAGUCCUAUUUCAACCAGCUUGCAGUUCUUGUCAAUAUUGUACGUCAACAUAUUCGAGCUUUCUUGCCCGACAUCAUCGAGGUGAUCAGAGAGUUCUGGAACGUGUCAAGACAGGUUCAAUCAACCAUUCUGUCCCUGAUUGAGGCCAUCUCCAAGUCUCUGGAAGGAGAAUUCCGUCGAUAUCUCGCUGGCCUCCUCCCCCUCAUGCUCGGCGUGAUUGAGAACGACUCGGAUCUCAGAAGGGAAUCGUCCAUCCGGAUCCUGCAUACCUUCCUGGUCUUUGGCUCCAGUGGCGAAGAAUAUAUGCACAUGAUAAUACCUGCAAUUGUCAGGAUUUUCGAAAACCCAGCAGCACCACCCAAUGCUCGGCGUGCGGCAAUCGAUACACUCGGCAAACUGUCCCGGACAGUCAAUGUCUCAGACUUUGCCUCGCUCAUGAUUCAUCCACUAUCAAAGAUCUUAUCCUCGCCUGAAAAGGUCGUUACGAACUCCUCCGAGCGGUCUCUGAAGUCUGCCGCGCUGGAUUGCAUAUGCGCCCUGAUAUAUCAUCUUGGACAGGACUUCGCCCACUAUCUGCCUCUUGUGGAGAGGUCCACGAAAGCAGGUCAAAUCAACUCCGACAGGUUCCAGAAAUUGAUCGAGAACUUCAAGUCGGGCAAGGCUCUGCCUGUGGAUUUCUACCCGGAAGAACAGUAUGGAUCAACGGCAGAAGAGACGACUUAUGCCAACAUCACAUCUAUGAGACUUCCCGUCAACCAGCAGCACUUGAAGAACGCUUGGGACACUUCACAGAAGUCAACGAAGGAGGAUUGGCAGGAAUGGAUGCGGCGAUUCAGUGUUGAGCUGCUCAAGGAAUCUCCCUCGCAUGCAUUAAGGGCUUGCGCAAGUCUGGCUGGUGUGUAUCAACCACUGGCCAAAGACCUGUUCAACUCUGCGUUCGUCUCAUGUUGGACUGAGCUGUAUGAUCAGUAUCAGGAAGAGCUGAUUCGAUCCAUUGAAAAGGCGCUGACGUCCCCACACAUCCCGCCGGACAUCUUACAGACGUUGCUCAACUUGGCCGAGUUUAUGGAGCACGAUGACAAGUCCUUACCCAUUGACAUUCGGACUCUCGGUCGAUUUGCAGCCAAGUGUCAUGCAUUCGCCAAAGCCUUGCACUACAAAGAGCUCGAAUUUGAACAGGACCAGAAUAGCCAGAGUGUGGAGGCCCUGAUCAGCAUCAACAACCAGCUCCAACAGUCCGACGCUGCUAUUGGCAUACUUCGCAGAGCACAAGUCUUCGGAGAAGUCGAACUGAAGGAGGCAUGGUUCGAGAAGCUGCAAAGAUGGGAAGAAGCCCUUUCAGCCUACCAAAAGCGUGAGAAGAUCGAGCCGGAAAACUUUGACAUUGUCAUGGGCAAGAUGAGAUGUCUCCACGCUCUGGGCGAAUGGAAGAUCCUGUCUGAAAUUGCCCAAGAACACUGGAACAGUGCUUCUACGGAAAAUCGGAAGAAUAUGUCUGCUCUUGCUGCAGCCGCAGCUUGGGGCAGAGGUGAGUGGGAUCUCAUGGACAAUUACAUCAGUGUCAUGAAAGAAAGUUCACCUGAUAGGGCAUUCUUUGGCGCGAUCCUGGCCAUUCAGCGCAACCAUUUCGCAGACGCUCAAUCUUUCAUCGUCCGGGCACGGGACGGCGUCAACUCCGAAAUAACCGCGACAAUUGGGGAAUCUUACAAUCGCGCAUACAGCGUUGUGGUCCGAACACAAAUGCUUGCGGAACUCGAAGAGAUCAUCACCUAUAAACAGAGUGAGGGCAACUCGGAGAAGCAAGAAUCACUGAAGAUGCUAUGGAACAAGAGACUGCUCGGAUGCCAGUCCAACGUUGAGGUCUGGCAACGGAUGCUCAAGGUACGCGCGCUUGUCUUGAAACCGACGGACAAUGCAGACAUCUGGAUCAAAUUCGCCAACCUCUGUCGCAAGUCGGAACGUAUUGGUUUAGCAGAAAGAUCGCUGUCCUCGCUGGGCGGUGGAGGCAAUCUGGCGGCCAAUCUUGUGGAUGCGCCACCGCCCGUGGCUUACGCUCGCCUCAAAUUCACCUGGGCCACCGGUCAUCAAGAAACGGCACUCACAGCACUGCGUGAUUUCACGGCCCGACUUGCCGACGACUUCCAGCAGACUAAUACUGCUUUGGCAAACGGCGUGCAUAGCGACAGACUGAACAACAUGAAUGGUCUUGAUAUGAAUGGACAUGAUUUGCUUGCUCAGAGAAGAAAACGCGAGGAGCUGGAGAGAUGUUCAAAACUCCUAGGCAAGUGCUACCUCCGACAAGGAGAAUGGCAAUCAUUCCUGCUUCGGGGAGAUUGGACGAGUCCCCGGGCCCAAGAUGCGGUGGGAGACAUCCUCAACUCGUACCAACUUGCGACACAAUAUAACGAGACUUGGUAUAAAGCAUGGCAUGCCUACGCCCUUGCAAACUUUGAAGUCGUUACGUCGAUGGCGGCUCACACCGACCAGGACAAAGUUCGCAAUCUCUCGGAACAGGUCAUUAAGACCCAUGUUGUUCCUGCGAUCGCUGGAUUCUUUAGGUCUAUUGCGCUUUCGAAGACAAGCUCGCUACAGGAUACUCUACGACUGUUAACACUAUGGUUUGCUCACGGCGGACACAGCGAAGUGAAUCAAGUCGUGGUCGAAGGUUUUACAUCAGUCAGCAUAGACACCUGGCUGGAAGUCAUACCUCAGUUGAUUGCCAGAAUCAACCAGCCCAACGUCAGAGUCCGAGCUGCUGUGCAUAGGCUGUUGUCCGAAGUUGGCAAAGCACACCCUCAGGCACUUGUCUAUCCCCUGACAGUGGCAAUGAAAUCCUCAGUUGCGCGACGAGCCAACUCUGCAACGCAGAUCAUGGAGACAAUGAAAGUGCAUAGCCCCAAACUUGUCGAGCAAGCAGAUUUGGUGAGUCAUGAGCUCAUCCGAGUCGCUGUGCUUUGGCAUGAACUUUGGCACGAAGGAUUGGAAGAGGCAUCCCGCUUGUACUUCGGCGAUGGUAACGUGGACGGAAUGCUCGCCACGCUGGCGCCUCUUCAUGAGCUCCUCGAUCGCGGGGCUGAGACUCUCCGAGAGGUCUCAUUUGCUCAGGCUUUUGGGCACGAUCUUGCAGAAGCUAGGGCCUUCUGCAACGCCUUCCGUCGCUCGAAGGAGAUCGGUGACCUCAACCAAGCUUGGGACUUGUACUACGCGGUGUUCCGCAAGAUCGCCCGGCAACUCCCACAGCUGAUGAGUCUCGAUCUCAAGUACGUUUCGCCACGUCUCAAGGAUGCGCACGACCUGGACUUGGCAGUGCCAGGCACCUAUCAAUCUGGCAAGCCUAUUACCAAGAUUGUGAGCUUCGACCACGUACUGACAGUUAUUCCAUCGAAACAACGACCUCGAAAGAUGACAUUGAAGGGCUCGGACGGCAUCUCCUACGCUUAUCUGCUGAAGGGUCAUGAAGAUAUUCGACAAGAUGAGCGCGUGAUGCAGCUCUUUGGCCUUGUCAAUACUCUCCUCAACAAUGACACCGAGUCUUUCAAGCGACACCUGAACAUUCAGCGAUUCCCAGCGAUUCCUCUAUCUCAGAACUCUGGACUCCUUGGGUGGGUACCCAACUCGGACACUCUCCAUAACUUGGUGAAAGACUACCGAGAGACCCGGCGUAUCCUACUCAACAUCGAGCACAGAAUCAUGCUGCAAAUGGCGCCAGAUUAUGAUAACCUUACGCUCAUGCAGAAAGUGGAGGUAUUUGGCUACGCGAUGGACAACACCACUGGCAAGGACCUCUACCGCGUCCUUUGGCUCAAGUCGAAGAGUUCCGAAGCCUGGCUCGACCGCCGAACAAACUACACCCGCUCACUUGCAGUCAUGUCAAUGGUGGGCUACAUUCUUGGUCUGGGCGAUCGUCACCCGUCGAAUCUCAUGCUCGAUCGGAUCACUGGCAAGAUAAUUCACAUCGAUUUCGGAGACUGCUUCGAGGUGGCGAUGCACCGCGAGAAAUACCCAGAAAGAGUUCCCUUCCGCCUCACCCGCAUGCUCACCUUCGCCAUGGAAGUCAGCAAUAUUGAAGGCUCGUUCCGCAUCACCUGCGAAAACGUCAUGCGCGUCAUCCGCGAGAACAAGGAAUCUCUCCUUGCCGUCCUUGAGGCCUUCAUCCAUGACCCUCUGCUCAACUGGCGUCUCAACACACGCGAGUCCCCCGCCCGACCACAUUUCCGCUCUGAGCGACGCCAAAGCAUCAUCGACGUACCAGGCGGGCAGCACGAAGACUACGAACGCAGCCCAAUGGAGAACGCGCACAACCCGGCUGCAAUGGCUCAGGGCACAAGCCAUGUUGGCGCGCCGCCAGGCCGCCGCCCACGGAGAAGCAGUAUUCUCGACCCGGCCAUGGGUGGGGGCAGUGUCCUCGAUAAAAUCAUCGAUAACAACAAUACAGCCGCACAAGAAGCCAAAGAAGUACAAAAUGCCCGCGCGCUCCAGGUCUUGGCCAGGGUCAAGGAGAAACUCACGGGUCGUGACUUCAAACCUGCUACCCCAGGCACGCAGUCAUAUGCCGCGACGCAGGCCCUACCCGCUGAUUUUAACGGUUUCGGCCUAGAGUCCGGCAUGAAUGGCACCAAUGGCGUAAUGAACAACAUCACCAACGGCGCAACUGACCAGCGUAACGGCAUGGAUGAUCUGGGCCACAUGAAGCAGCGGGAGGUCAUUGCAGGCACGGCGCCCGAGACGACAAUGGCAGGUAUCGGAGGCCUUGGUGUUAGUGAGCAGGUCGACCGGUUGAUCCUGCAGGCCACGAACGUGGAGAAUCUAUGUCAGCAUUACAUCGGGUGGUGUUCGUUCUGGUAG